UAAGACCACUUUUUUAUUGAAAGAAUGGCAAGGUCACCUAUCGGUGUCAAAAAAGGAGAAAAGACAAGCAAGCUAAAAGACUCUGAACUUGGUACAGAAUAUGACACUACCAACUUUUCCCGGCAUUCAAACAUCUAUAUCGAGGCGAAGAAACAUCUAUCUGAGAUGAUAACAAAUGGGGAGGAGAAUGUGGAUCUUUCAUGCCGAAGGGUUUCAAAAUCCUUAGGUAGGAUUCUUUCUCUCCCGGAGUAUAAUUCUUCCCCUUUUGGCAGCCCCGGGAGGAACUCAGAGUCUAGUUUUAUAACUGCACAGAUGAGGUUUUCUGGCUCUGACAAAUUGCAAAAUGUGAAUGCAAAUGAUCUACACAACUAUGUCAACCAUCUAAGUCAAGUAGAAGAGGAACCUGAAAGCCAGCUUGGCGUUUUGAAUAGCAAAACCAUCGAUGAAGUCCGUGGUGACAAUGCAAUUUCAAACAGCAUUGACACUUGUUUGAAUGAUGAUUGUUCUACUAAAGAAGAAAUGAACUCCAAAGAUGGUGUGAAUAUUGUUGAAGACACAAAAAUUAUGGUUCAGGAAGAAAGCAAGCUCUCGGAUGCUUCUUCUGAAACAAGUGACCCUUCAAUUACUAGAGAUGACAAAAAUGUUGACAUACCUGAAGUAUGUGAUGAAAAACAAUAUCCCAAAUGCUUGAAACAGGUACUAUAUAUCUUACGUCUCAUCGAGCUAAUUUUCUUUUUUAUUUCUGUAGGAUUCAUCGGAAGAGGAUCAACAGCCUUUUCUCCAUUAGAAUCUCCAGUCGCCAAAAAGGUUGAUGGUCUAGAGAGUGUUAAUGAUACACAAGAGAGGCCAAGUCCUGUAUCUGUUCUUGACCCAAUAUUAACCGAGGAUGUUUCCAGCCCGGGCAGCAUCAGAUCACGUUCUGGUGAAACAUCCAUACAGCCGAUAAGAAUUCGAUUCGAAGAACAUGGACCUAUACUACCCACAAAUCAAAGUAAUCAUAUCAAAACUUAUAUGGAUGACAAGGAACUGAUAUUCGAGAACGUAAAGGCCAUGCUUCAACCCUCAACUUUCAACUGGGAUGAACUCUACGUCAGGUCCUUUUCUUCUGAACUUCUUCUUGAUCCAUUGUUGCUUGACGAGGUAGAAUACUUUCCAAACCAGCUUUGCCCCAACCAAAAACUGCUCUUUGAUUGCAUUAAUGAAGUUCUCAUGGAGGUUUGCGAGUACUAUUUUGGUUCCCUUGGUGUGUCAUUUGUUAAACCUAAUAUCCGUCCGAUCCCCAACACAAAAAACACCAUUGAAGAGGUCUGGCAAGGAGUUCAUUGGCAUUUGCUCCCAAUACCACACCCUCGGACUUUGGACCAGAUAGUCAGAAAAGACAUGGCUAAGAGAGAAAUAUGGAUGGACCUUGGACUCGACACCGAUUGUAUUGGUCUUGAGAUGGGUGACACCAUCCUCGAAGAUUUAGUGGAAGACACCAUAACUAGCUACAUAUAUGAAACUCUAGAACUGAAUAUGAUGCUGAAGAACUACAUGACUGACACCAACUCCUAAAAGGCAAAUGACCGAGUUCCGUUCACUGAAAGCAAGCUAAUAAAGCCCUCCGCAUGGGAAGGAUGGCCGCCCCAAAACAAGAGGGAUUCAUUAACUCCCCGUAUAACUGUUUUAUCCCAUGAUCCAAUGGUUUACUGUAACAAUGCCAUCAAUAACCAUUAACCAGGAGAUCAUUCAAGCAGCUAGCGACCGCAUAGUCCAAAGAGAUCCUUUCUGCAACUGCUCACAAGAAUCAGCAAGAAAUACUUGAUUUCAGAGGCAUUUCUCGGCUUAGUUGUACGAGUGAGGAAAAGCCAUUGUUUCUCAUUGUAGAAUUUAUAGGGUUUGGUGUGUGUGUGUGUUAGUUUGAUUGAUUUCAUUCGUUCUUGGGCUUGUUUAACUGGUGUGUUCUUGUUGUAUUUGUGUGCUUUGGGUAUUUAGAGUUAUGAGUGCUUAUUGCUUAUUUGAUAAUGAGGUAGGGUUUCACAUGCCUGUAUAAGUAUGUAUCU